AUGUUUUCUAAUGGCAUUUUUACUUACAAAGAUAUUACACAGCAAUCUUUUUACCAGUCUUCCACUCAACACCUUAUCAAUAACUUCUUUCAUGUUCAUCAAAAGUUUUGGGAAAGAACAACUAUUGAAGUACAGAAUAUAAAAUCUGCACUAUUUCUUCCACUACACCCCUAUUUUCCUGUUCUUGCAAUAAAUGAAGACAAAUUACAUUAG